AAGCAGCCGCUGUCCGAGGAGGAGAGGAAAGAGCAGACAAAGAGGAUGAUGGAGCUGAUCGCCCAGAAGCAGCGGGAACGGGAGGAGCGGGAAAAGCGGGAGACCAUCGAGCGGGAGAAGCAGCGUCGGAAGCAGGGCCAGGAGCUCUCCCUGCUCCGACAGCGGCUCCAGGAGGAGGAGAUGCGGAAGCUGGCGGAGCAGCGGCGCCGCGAGAAGAUGGAGGAGAAACUGGCCAAGCAGCGGGUGCGGGAGAAGAUCGAGCGGGAUAAGGCGGAACGGGCCAAAAAGUUCGGAGCUGCUUCCCUAGGAUCCUCGGAGCCGCCGGCCCCCCCUGCGGUGCCCUCGUCCCCCAGCCAGGAGCCCCCCAGCAAGCGGGAAUACGACCAGUGCCGCAUCCAGGUAGCGUCCGGAUCG